AUGGACCACUUCUCGACGGUGCUGCAGCGACCUCCUCAUUUUGACGAGGAUGGAACAGAAGGGGGAGAUCGAGGAGGAAACGGCGGCGGGCCAGCACCACCACAACCACGCGGAGGUCUGCGCGACAUUCUCAACCCAGUGAGCAGCAGCAGCAACAGCGCCGUACAAUCAUCCCAAGCAGCACCACCACCACCACAAGCAGCAGCGUCGUCAUCAUCAUCAUUGCUCCAUGGAAUUGGAGGACCAGCAGUUCCGCCGCCGCCCUCCUCAUCGACGAAUUUCAUGCGCGCGACGACGCACGGCUCGUCCUCGUUCAAUUUGCGAUCGCCAACGCAUCAGCAACAAGCAUCGGAAUACCGUCAUCCACUUUCCUCCCUGGCGACUCCAGCACACGCUGCACCACCACAUCCAGGUCCCUUUUCGGCCUCGCCUCCCACUUCUACUUCCACCACCAACAACGCCAACGACGCGCUAGGUGCCGCCGGCAGCAGUCUGAGCAGUCAACCACCACCACCACCCACGGGUCCACGCUCAAUUCUCAAUCCUCCAACAACAAACCAACAACAACACCAUUCAAAUCCCUUUGUCGCAGCAUCCGCACCCUCGCUGCCACCGCCGCCGUCCUCGUUGCAAGCUCCACCUGCCAUUACACCAAUUGCCGGCCUAUCAGCUCCGGCCCCAGCUUCGAGCUCGCUACUACCUCUAUCAGCAGGAGGCAUUGGAAACUCCAUCACGGUCUCGUCGUCGUCGAGCUCGCAACCACCAGCCCGAACAUCGCAACUGCACGCGCCGUCGGCCUAUUAUUCGCCGGCUGAAUCGUUCCGCGAUCGGGAUUCGUCAUUACGCGAAAAAUCAUCGACAGGCGGCAGCUUUUACGACCCAACCGCCGAAACCAGUAUUAGCGGCCUGAGCCCACGAAAAGAUCGAGAUCGCGACAACCACCGCGACCACUACCGGUCCGAUACAACAAGGGAAUCACAGCGCAGGGUUUCGGGCCAUUCUGACACGGGCUCCUCCUCCCGACUCUCCUCCACGGGAACAAGCUCCUGGCGAAACGCGACCCAGACUUCGCAAACGUCCCAGCCUUCCGCUUCGGGCUCGGCCACGAACAAGACCCGCGAUCCGUACAACUAUUCCCAAUCGUCGACCGAUUAUUACAGGAAGAAAGAGAACUACCCGGUCGAUCAUACAUCGCCUCCAUCGAUUGCAGCUCCGUCCAACUUUACUGUUGCGACGCGUAGUCCCAUUGCCGCCAUUUCCCAUCCGGCGUCAGUAGCCGCACCGGCCAGUAUCGGAACUGGAAGCGUUGGCAGUCUCGCCGGAUCCAUCAGCCCUAGGCUUUCACUCAGACCACCGAGCAUGGCCUCGCCUACGAUACGAAGCGCCAUCUUAGCUAAUCCCACAUCCAACGGCAAGACUGCACUACCCGCCCUAGGCCGAAACGACUCGCCACCAUCCAAGAUGUCUUCCGCUACAUCAACCAAUACCAGCCGCGGCGCCGGUGUCAUGUCCUUUUCCCACAUCCUUUCGAGCUCCGAGCCCGUUUCCAGACCGCGCCCUACUUCACCGAUAAUGGAUGACGACGACGACAUUCCCAUGAAGGUCGAACGCGCCGACUCAUCCGAGAAGUUUGUCAAGGAGAAGAAGGAGAGAAAACCGCGCCAGCCGAAACAGCCACGCAUCUCCGAUAUCAGGCACUCCGAGUCCACACCCAAAGGGCGACGAGGGUCGUCCAAACAAGAGAGUCCUCUGCCCAACAUUCGCAUUCCAGCCAAGAGAAUGGCCAACGGUGCCCCCAAGCAACAGAAGGUGUUCUCUGCCGAAAACGAGGAGAAGAUUAGAAAAUGCAUGGACAGAAUCGAAGCGCGAGAGCUUCCUGAUGAGUCUGACUACGAGGAAGAGUUGCGCGAGUGGAGACAGCGACGCGAGGAGCGGAGGCAAGAGAUGAACAAUCGCGAUCUUCGCCUGCGCCGACUUAGGAGAGCUGAGUACACAGAGAUCGAGACCCAGAAGCUCAAGCUGCAUGCCGACUUUGGUAAGCGUCGAUAUGACGACCUUAACUACGACGAUGCUUUGCAAGAGGUCCGGGAGCGCGAGCUCUUUGCCGAGAAGGAGCGCAAGAAGGAUAUGCAGCGCAAGAGGCGGCGCGAGAAGUCCAUGGCUACUACCAUGGAAGCAAAGGCUGCCGCCUUGGCCAGGGCCUCUGCGGCGCAGGACGAAGCGGAAAGGCAGAAGUACAUGCGCGAAGCCGAGCGGGCCAACAAGAAGGUGCAGCAGACCCGACUCAUCUUGCAGAAGGGUAUCAAGGGCCCAGCCAGGAAUCUCAAUCCCAUUGAGCCGAACCUGGAAGGCGGUACUAUGGCUACGUUCCAGGCCGAGAACAUGGAGCCUGGCAAGACGAAGGGCAAGGGCCGUGCCGGCACGAGACCCAAGAAAUCCAAGGAGCAGAAGCAGGCCGAGAAGGAUGCCGCCGAAGCUGCCCAAGCCGCCCUCGAUGCUGGUCUCGAGCUGCCGCCCAAGGAAGAGACCAACAAGAUCCGUAUCAAGCUUACCAAGACUAAGGCGCCCAAGGAGACUGAUGCAGAGAAGGACAAGGAGAACAAGGAGCCCCAAGAGCCGAAGGAGGCCAAGGAGCCUAAGGAGCCCAAGGUGAAGGAGAAGGUUGUCGAGGAACCCAAGGACCCGUUGGAGCUCAAGUUCCAGUCCAAGGGCUUCAACCAGAUCUAUGAUCAGAUUUGGCGCGAUCUCGCCAGGAAGGACGUCAACAAGGUGUUCAGACUGGCGAUCGAUUCGUAUUCCACUAAGUCAUCCAACCUCAAGAAGACCGCCAUCCUCGCGUCGAAAGAGGCCAAGAGAUGGCAACUCCGUACCAAUAAGGGCACCAAAGAUCUGCAGGCUCGCGCCAAGCGUGUCAUGCGUGACAUGAUGGGCUUCUGGAAGCGCAACGAGCGCGAGGAGCGUGAUCUCCGGAAGGCAGCUGAGAAACAAGAGCUAGAGAACGCCCGCAAGGAGGAAGCCGAUCGCGAAGCCGCUCGCCAGAAGAGGAAGCUCAACUUCCUUAUCUCGCAGACCGAGCUGUACUCCCAUUUCAUUGGCAAGAAGAUCAAGACCAAUGAGGUUGAGCGCAGCACGGACCACCCCGAUGAAAUUGCGGCCAGCAAGGAUAAGAUUCCGGAGAACGACAUGGAUAUCGAGGUGCCUACUGGUCCCAUUGGUGCCAAGGUCACCAACUUCGAGAACCUCGACUUUGACGCCGAAGAUGAAUCGACGCUGCGGGCCGCUGCUAUGGCUAAUGCGCAGAAUGCCAUUGCCGAGGCCCAGAGGAAGGCUAGAGAGUUCAACAAGGAGGAGUCUAAGCUUGACGAGGAUGGCGAGAUGAACUUCCAGAACCCGACCAUGAUGGGCGAUGUCGAGAUCGAGCAGCCCAAGCUUCUCAACUGCCAGCUCAAGGAAUACCAGCUCAAGGGUCUCAACUGGCUGGUCAACCUGUACGAACAAGGCAUCAACGGUAUCCUGGCCGACGAAAUGGGUCUAGGAAAGACGGUGCAGUCCAUCUCCGUCAUGGCCUACCUCGCCGAGAAGUACGACAUCUGGGGUCCCUUCCUGGUUGUUGCGCCUGCGUCUACCCUGCACAACUGGCAGCAGGAAAUCACAAAGUUCGUUCCCCAGUUCAAGGUGCUCCCUUACUGGGGUACUGCGGGCGACCGUAAGGUACUGCGCAAGUUCUGGGAUCGCAAGCACACGACUUACAAGAAGGACGCUCCCUUCCAUGUCAUGAUUACCUCUUACCAGCUUGUCGUCUCUGAUGUUGCGUACUUCCAGAAAAUGAAGUGGCAGUACAUGAUUCUCGAUGAAGCCCAGGCUAUCAAGAGUUCGCAGAGUUCACGUUGGAAGUGCCUGCUGGGCUUCCAUUGCCGUAACCGUCUCCUGUUGACGGGUACGCCUAUCCAGAACAACAUGCAGGAACUCUGGGCCUUGCUCCAUUUUAUCAUGCCUUCCCUCUUCGAUUCCCACGACGAGUUCAGCGAAUGGUUCUCCAAGGACAUCGAGUCUCAUGCCCAGAGUAAUACCAAGUUGAACGAAGACCAGCUGAAGCGUCUGCAUAUGAUCCUCAAACCCUUCAUGCUGCGUCGUGUCAAGAAGCAUGUCCAAAAGGAACUUGGCGACAAGAUCGAGUUGGACGUCUUCUGCGAUCUCACCUACAGACAACGUGCCAUGUACGCCAACCUGCGCAACCAGAUCAGCAUCAUGGACCUCAUCGAGAAGGCGACACUGGGCGACGACGAUUCUGCUAGUCUCAUGAAUCUCGUCAUGCAGUUCCGUAAGGUGUGCAACCACCCCGACCUCUUCGAGCGUGCGGAUACCGCUUCACCGUACUCGUUCGGCUACUUUGCCGAGACAGCCUCGUUCCUCCGUGAGGGUAAUCCGGUUAAUGUCGGUUACUCUACGCGCAGCUUGAUUCAGUAUGAGCUGCCUAAGCUACUCUGGCGCGACGGAGGACGGCUGUACAAGGCUGGUGAAGACAAUCAGGUCGCUGGGUGGCGGAACCAGUGGUUGAAUGAGAAGUUCAACAUCUGGACUCCACAGCAUAUCCGCGAGAGCCUGGCUGGUAAUGACAACUUCUCGUGGCUACGCUUUGCCGAUACCAGCUAUGAGGAGGUCUACCGGGCUAGCCACAAGGAUCUCUUUGCUCGGGCUGUUGAGAUGUCUACCAAGAAGAACCGUCUUGCCGAGAUUAAGAUCGCCUAUGAUGAGCCGGAGGACUUGAACUUUACUCCCGCGCAUGCCCUCUUCAAGAUCAGGGAACGCGAGGAUCGGAAGCCUUUGGCUGAUAUCACCGAGCAAGGCAUUCUGAGCAGCUUGAUGAAUGUCUCGCGUAGUGCAUUUGCUGAGACUGGCCUUGGUCGUCUCGAGCAGGCUGCGUGCCCAAAGACCUCCGCUCCUCCUAUCGAGGUUGUUUGCGACACCUGUGCCUCGGUCAUUGAGCGUGAGAAUAUCAUGUUCAACGCUCCUAUGCGUAAGGUCCUCUUCGGACCUACCUUGGCCGAGGAGAAGGCACUUGAGAAGCAGAAGUUCACCAACAUCACCGUCCCUUCCAUGCGCCGCUUCGUUACCGACUCCGGCAAGCUCGCCAAGCUGGACGAGCUCCUUCGCGAGCUCAAGGAGAACGGCCACCGCGUACUCCUCUACUUCCAAAUGACCCGCAUGAUCGACCUCAUGGAGGAGUACCUCACCUACCGCAACUACAAGUACUGCCGACUCGACGGUUCCACCAAGCUCGAAGACCGUCGCGACACCGUCGCCGACUUCCAGACCCGUCCCGAGAUCUUCAUCUUCCUGCUUUCUACCCGCGCCGGUGGUCUCGGCAUCAACCUUACCUCCGCCGACACGGUCAUCUUCUACGACUCGGAUUGGAACCCGACCAUCGACUCGCAAGCCAUGGAUCGCGCUCAUCGUCUGGGUCAGACCAAGCAAGUCACCGUCUACCGUCUCAUCACGCGUGGCACGAUCGAGGAGCGUAUCCGCAAGCGCGCCAUGCAGAAGGAGGAAGUCCAGCGCGUGGUCAUCACGGGCGGCUCGUCGGCUGCCGGCGGAGGUGUCGAUUUCUCUGGUCGUCGUGCGCCGGAGAACAGGAACCGCGAUAUCGCUAUGUGGUUGGCGGACGAUGAGCAGGCGGAGAUGAUUGAGAAGCGGGAACGUGAGCUUCUCGAGAGUGGAGAGAUGGAGAAGUUGGCCAAGAAGAUCAAGGGAGGUGGUAGCAAGAGGAAGAGGGGUGGUGUGGGUGGUGAAGGGAAGGAGGUUAGUUUGGAUGAGAUGUAUCAUGAGGGCGAGGGUAACUUUGAUGAUGGUGGCAAUGGUACCAAGGGUAGUGGGACGGCUACGCCUAAUGUCAAUGGAGAAGCGGGAGGUGACGGGAAGGGCAGUGCCGUGGGAGGAGCGGCGAAGAAGAGGAAGACUACGGGUGGUGGAAGCAAGAAGGCUAAGACUACCAAGCAGAGGUUGGCUAUUGCUGAUGGGGAGAUUUGA